AUGCUCCUUGCUUUGGACGCAAACAUCGACGCAUUUGCGAUGAACAUCGCUGUAGGAGAUGCUACCAAUACACAAUCUUUGGAGAACGCUUUCUCAGCUGCUGUGAACACUGGAUUCUCCCUUUUCUUUUCCUUUGAUUAUGCAGGGAAUGGGGCAUGGGCCAAAGACGACGUCCUGGACAUGCUAGAGACUUACGUAUCGGCGAAAGCAUAUUGGCGAUAUGACUCGAAGCCCUUUGUCUCUACAUUUGAAGGUCCUGAUAAUGCAGGCGACUGGGUCGAUAUCAAAGAAAAGACCGGGUGCUAUUUCAUUCCUGACUGGUCCUCUGUAGGGGCUGAAGUCGCCGUGAGCCUUGGAGAUGGGGUGGCCGAUGGCUUGUUCAGCUGGGCGGCAUGGCCGUACGGCCCAAGUGAUAUGAAUACCUAUGUGGACGCCUCUUAUAUCGACUUUCUGGAUGGUAAACCAUACAUGAUGCCGGUCUCGCCCUGGUUCUUUACCAACAUGCCUGGAUACAGCAAGAACUGGUUGUGGCGGGGUGAUGAUAUCUGGUAUGACCGCUGGGUCCAGGCUAUGUUUCUGGCCCCCGAGUUCAUCGAAAUCAUCUCCUGGAACGAUUUCGGUGAAUCACACUACAUCGGCCCUACUCCGGACGCUGACUCCUCGCUUGCUGAGUCGACUUAUACAGCUUUCGGGACAGGCCAGGCCCCGUAUAACUAUGCAUUGAACAUGCCACACGACGGUUGGCGAGCGUUCCUUCCCUGGCUCGCUGAUACUUAUAAGAACAACAUCUCGACAAUCACGCAGGAAGGUGUUCAGGCAUGGUACCGAUUGAAUGUCCGGGGAAGCUGCACAUCAGAUGGCGGGACGACUGGUAAUACUGUGAGCCAACUGCAACUAGAAUACUGGCCAUACGAGAUCCCACAAGAUCGGAUAUUCUUCUCUGCUCUGUUAGCCUCUUCAGCAGAUAUCUCAGUGACAGUCGGAGGUAUAGACCUAGGUGCGUCGUGGAAUAGUACCCCCAGUGGAGGGACGGGCAUCUACCACGGCAGCGUGGAAUUUUCGGUGCAGGCAGGAAGCGUCGAGGUGGCUAUCACUCGAGGCGGCGAUACAAUUGCAAGCUUCACUGGCGAGGACAUUGUCACAGGUUGUGCUGCAUCAAGUGAAAUUGAGAAUUGGAACGCUUGGGUAGGCAGCGCCAUGUCGGCCACCACGAUUUCAGCCACCCCGACCUAUUCUCUCGCAGACGAGGUGUGCAUCCGCGGCUGGGGGGUAGGCAACUUCAACGGCCUUUGCUCCUUUGCUUGUGCGCUAGGAUACUGCCCUGUUGGGGCCUGUCUGUGUCAGGAAAUGGGCCCUCAGGCGAAAUUGCCUAAGAGUCUGGGAGUGAUUGGCUAUCCUGCCGCCGGAAUGACGGAGGACUACUCGGGUCUCUGUGCCUUCUCUUGCAACUACGGGUACUGCCCUUCGUCUGCCUGCACCACUACCGAAGUGGCUCUUGCUACGUCUACUGUGUCACCUUUCACGCCCAACACUUGUACUUCUGGAGAAGGAACCGGUGACUUGACAGGUUUGUGCAGUUAUGCCUGCGCCUAUGGUUACUGUCCCAUCCAUAACUGCACCUGUACCGUAACGGGUCCCUUAGACGUGCCGCCUACUGCAAACACUAGCAUAUAUGGUUACACCAUGGAUGCCUAUACUGACAGUGGUCUAUGUGACUUUGCCUGCGAGCGAGGCUACUGUCCAUCGCCCGUAUGUUCGGAAAGCGUUGCUGGUAACGGCACGGAUCUAGUGUGCACAAAUGAUGAUCCUGACUCGGAUUGUGCCGAUGACGUUGAAAUGUGCGACUACACCCUCACUUUCGACAGCUUUGCGAGCCUGAAGUCUUCUCUAAGCUCCAUAGAAGACUAUUGUGUCAAUUAUUAUGCUCUUGGUGUCCUUUCCGACAUGCUCAACAAUACGAUGACCAAUUACACGGACAUCAUCUCAAACUAUGGCGGCAAAUUCACUGAGUACCAGGAGUACAUCCGCGAGGAGGUUCCUGGAGAGUUGGAGGAUUACAUGAAUCCUGGGGGUGCUGGAAAUGCCUUCUUCACGUGCACCUUUGCCCAAGAUGGCGUGAAUGCUUCUACAACCACAUGCCCGUUUGACGUGGAGCAGCUUUACAACGACUAUGAAAUUUACUACGACCUCAUCAACGCUACUGCCUUCUGGGCCAACCUCACAGCCACCACCGGAAUCCAAAAGGACUGGGUACAAUUCGGGGACAAAGAUGUCGGAUCAAGUUGCGGCGUAGGAUCUGGCAAGACAUGCCAGCCUGACAAGGGUGUGCUGAAGGGUUACCCUCUACCGGCUGGUAACAUCACCGUGACCAACCCACAGACGAUCAUCGAGGAUGCACUUCCAGGAAUCUAUAAUUUGACCGAGACAAUAUACCUGACCCAGAUACUGUCGGCCACUGGUGCAUAUGGAGGAAGCAUGAACGAUGUGCUUCUCACCAUCUCGACCGUCGUCUUCACACUGGCUCAAGCGGUCGCAAACAUGGGCCAGGUGGUUGAAGUCGCGGAUAAGGCCUCGGAAGAGAAAAAGAAGGCGAUGAUUGAGGAGAUUAUCUUUGGCGUCCUAAUGGUUGUCCCUUUCCUUGGCGAAAUCAGGCUGAUUUCGGACGGUUUGGAACAAUUGGCCGAUAUGAUGUCGCUCAUCGGAGAUGCAGGCGCCUUGGGCAGUACGAUCUAUGGCGUUGCCACCGACCCAGAUUCAGCAAUCUUGGAUAUAUUCGAAAUUGCCCUGAUGGGCGGUUAUCGGACCCCGGAAGAGUUUGAAGAAGCUGCCAAUGCCCGUCGCGCGCUGACUGAUGAUGAAAUAAGUAGCCUGGGCUCGGACUGGAAAUCGUGGAGCGAUGACCUCUCUGGUGUGAGGUCGGUGUGUUACUGA